AUGCCCAAGGCAGCGAAGUCCAAGAAGGCGCCGCCGCCGACGCCGUACGCCGAGCCCAAGUCCAAGAAGCCGGAGCCCACCGGCCCCGUCUGGGAGGCCAAGCCGAAGCACUUCGGCAUCGGGCAGGACAUUCUUCCCAAGCGCAACCUCACGCGGUACGUGCGGUGGCCAAAGUACGUGCGGAUCCAGCGGCAGCGCAAGGUGCUGUACCAGCGGCUCAAGGUGCCGCCGUCGAUCAACCAGUUCACCAACAAGCUCGACAAGAACGUCCAGACCAACCUCUUCAAGCUGCUGCACAAGUACCGGCCCGAGUCCAAGGCGGAGAAGAAGGAGCGGCUGCAGGCGUCGGCCGAGAAG